AGCAAGUUGUAAGCAAUUUAGCUUUUACUAGUUUUAAUUAUAAUUGGUAUGUGCAGGAAUUCUGUGUCAAGAUUUGCUGUUUGUAAAUUUCAGCUCUUAUUUUUUAAGAUUCUAAGAAAUCAAUUUGCAUGAAAAUUAUGUAAAAUUAAUUUUAGUUCUAACCUCAUGAAACUUGAACUCUUGCGUUGGUGACUUCAAAGCGUCACCUUAGAACUGAAAAUCAUAUUUUCAACUGCACAUUCAAAUCAUCUAUAUCUUGAAGAACAGUGCAAGAAACAAGAUGAUAAGAAAAAAGAAAAGUAGAACUUGAGAAGGAAUAAAAUUUAGGGGAAAAUAAUAAGGGGUGAUUCUAACAUGGAAGGAUAAAUCGAUGUGUGUUGCUAAUUUGUCAAUAUGGCAGAUGAAAAUCAUACACAAAUGCUUAUACAACAGCAGCAGCAACAGCCUUCUUCUCAGCAGUCUCACAUGCAGUCAUCUCAACUCCAGCCUUCACAGUCUCAACAGAAUCAACUUCAGCAAUCUCAGUUGCAACAAUCACAACUACAGCAAAAUCAAAUACAACAAGCACAGCUGCAACAAGCUCAACUCCAACAAGCACAGUUGCAGCAAUCACAGCUCCAACAAAGUCAGUUGCAACAAUCUCAAUUACAGCAAUCACAGAUGCAGCAAUCACAACUUCAACAGACACAAUUGCAACCAUCCCAACUCCAACAAACACAACUUCAACAGUCCCAACUUCAACAACAAUCCCAGUUGCAACAAUCUCAAAUUCAACAGCAAUCUAAUAAUAUGCAGCAACAGUCCCAGCAACAAGGUGUGACUUCUGCAAUGUCUAUGGGUAGUUCUGUAGAACAAUCUAACAUGAAUGUGACAUCUUCUGUUCCCAUUAAUGUUGCCACAAUUAAUGUCUCCCAACCACAACAGUUGCAGACUAUCCAACAGAAUGUCAAUACAAGUUCUGGUACUCCAGUACAAAUGGCUGUUUCUCAACUAACUGCUCAAGCUCAGACUCUUCCUGCUGGAACCAUGAUGUCGCAAAGUUCAGGCCCUCAUCCUACUAUGGUUCAUCCAACAAUGACUAUGGCACAGGCACCUUUGCAACAAGUUCAAGUCAUUCAGCAACCCCUUUCUGCAUCAUAUUUUCAGCAUGUAUAUUCACCUCAUCAACAAAUGCUUUUCCCUGGAAAUUUAACUUUGCAGCAUGCUGGCAUGGCAACUUCAACUCUUCAAGGUCUUGGAGCUACUCAAGGUUUGAGCUUACAGUUACAAGCCAAAACUACCUUAGACCCUAAAACUUCAGGUGGUCAAAAUAUUCAAGCAGUUAGUUCUGGAAAUAAGGCAAUGGCUGUCAAUGCUGGAACAAUGAUGACUGCAUCUGGACAGGUGAUUGGAACAUCCAAAGCUAAUUUUCCUCAACAAAUGAUGACUGGACCUGGAAAAUCCACAAUUAUCCAUAGUCAAUCUGGUUAUGCCCCUGCCAAUGCUAAUCAGACUGUGGUGAUAGGACAAUUUGGAGUGGUUCCAAAUCAGCAAUCUGUUUUCAGCCCUAAAGCUUUAGCAGACUCACAGAAAGGGAAAACUUAUACAUUUCAAAAUCAGCCUACAGCUUUACAACCUAAAUCAUUAUAUUCAUCUACUAUGCCUGUUCAUUCCUCUACUCAAGUGUUUAAUGGGAGUCAUAUCAAGCAAAUAUCAUCGCAGCCUCAAAUAAUUACUACUCAAGCUCCUACUAUGUUUAGUCAAGCUCAGUUAUUAGGUUUACAAGCUCUUAGUCCUUUACCACCUGGCUUAUCCUGGGCGCCUGGAAAUUGUUUGCAAACUUCUGCUCUUCAGCUUGGUCAAAAUCCAAUAAUCAUCCGUAGUCAGCAGUCAGAUAUGAUCAUUCAACAAACACAGCCUCAAACAGCAAUGCAUUUGCCAGUUGCUGCUGCUGCACAGCCUGUUCCACCAACUUCUUAUGCUUCUGCUACUGUAGCUCCCCAGAAGCAAAAGCAAGUCAAAAUGCGUCCUGGAACACAGACUCAGACUGUUGCAGUUGCUACUCAAACAAAUGUUUCCAGUGCUGCAACAAUCAAUUCAAAUUCAACGCCUGUCCGUACUCAAAUUAAGCCAAAAGUGCGAACACCAACAGGACCUUCUCCAGGUGCCAGUCCAUCUCCAUCAACUCCACAAAUGGCAACCACGCAGACUCAAACGAACCAGUCACCCCCACAGGCCCCACCCACACCUAUAGUGCAGCAGAAAUCUGAUGCAGGCAAUCAAACAUACCCAAAUCCUGUGAAAGUAGUAAAUGGUGAAACAAAAUCUACUGGAAUACAAAGUAAAUCUGUAUCUGUUGAAACUAAGAUCUCUUCACCACAGAAAUCGCAGGCUAUGGUUGCUCCUUCUUCAAAGAUUUUGCAAGCAUCUGUUCCACCAACACCAUCUAUAGAUGUUUCUGUUGUAUCUACGGCACCUUCUACUCUGACCGUUGUAUCAUCCACUACAUCUGUGAUGACCACAGCAUCUGUUCAAGUGAAUACUUCUGUUUCAUCAGUUGACACUAUUACUUCCAGUGUGCCAUCUGUUUCCCCUGUUCCUCCAGUUCCUUGCUUGACAAAUAAAGCAGUAUCUGAUUUGAAUUCAAAACCACCUUUGCCUGAAGCACAUGUUGAACCUGUAGUAACUUUGCAGCAGACUAAUACAUCAGAGACUGUCGUGACUACUGAACAUUUGAAACCUCAGCAGCCAAUUCAGAAGCCAUCUUUAGGACCUGUUAAAGAUAAGCAGCCGCAGAAAGCCAUUGUGAAGCCACAAGUACUCACUCAUGUCAUUGAAGGACUUGUUAUUCAAGAAGGCUCUGAACCAUUUCCAGUCAGCCGAUCCGCAUUAUUAGAUUCUUCACCUUGUCGAAUAUUGCCUCCUGAAAAACUCGAUUCACCUCAGAAAAGGAAAGAUUCACCUACAGUUCCCAGUCCAGAAAAGAAAAUGAAAGCUCACAGACCUCGAGGUGGACCAGGUCGUAAAAGAAAAAUGUUCCGAGGAAGAAAAGGCUUGCGAAAACAGUCUCUUAUUGAAGAUGAGGAUACAAAUACUACUCCAGUUGAAGAAAAUGUUUCAGCACCUGAGGACGAAUCAACAAUUUCUAACAAAACUGAGGAAGAAAAUUCGGAACCUUCCUCUGAUAGCCCUCACCAAACUCCAAUGGAUGUGGACAAAUCAGAUGGUGAAGUAGGAAAAAUAGAAUCUGAUUUAUCACAGAAGUUGCCAACUAAGUGGACAGUCCAAGAUGUAUUUGAAUUCAUUCAAAAUUUGCCUGGUUGUUCCGACUAUGCCGACACUUUUAAAUCUCAGGAAAUUGAUGGGCAGGCCUUAUUGCUAUUAAAAGAGGAUCAUUUGAUGACAGCUAUGUGUAUGAAACUUGGACCAGCUCUAAAAUUGAUAUCUCAGAUCAGAAGCAUGAAAGAGGAAUUAGGACAAUCAUAAAGUGAGAAGAUGAAGAAACUCUUUCAAAGGUCAAUUUUACUAUAGUUAAACCUUGUAAAAACUUGCACUCUUGAUUUAACUGAGUUGUUGGAAGUUGUUGCCUUUGAUGCAUUUUGAUAUUUGCUUGUUAUCAUGGAUGUUUCCAUUGAUGGAAAUGUGCAUGAAUGUUAAAUAUUUAUAUAAAUGCUUUAAAACAAGUUUGGUACAGUUAUAGCAAAACUCAUGAAUAAGUCGGUUAAUUUUUUGCCUUAAUUGUAUAAAUGCUUUAUAUUUAAAAGCAUUCUGAAAUCAUGCCUUUAUGAAAAAAGCUCAUUACUGAAUUCCUUAUAUUAAUGAGCAUUGAAAAUAUCUAUGUAGAAUAGGUCAAAACUUUUAUAUUUUAUUUUAUUCAGUUUUGAGUACAAAACAUUUUUUAAAAGGUUAUUCUCUUAUUUUCUAUAUUUUCUUAAGAAAUUUUUUCAAAUUAAGUAUUGGACAUUUUAAAUUAAUUAUGAUUAAUUAAAAAUAGUUAAUUUGUUUUUGUUGAUGAUCACUUUUAAUUUUGUUAUUUUGAAUAUAUUUAAAAUAUUCAUUUAGAAAAUAUUCCAUUACAAAAUAUUGCAAAUUAAUGAAUGCUCAUGGUAAUUAUAUUUAUUCCAUGCAGCUCAAUAUCCAAUGUAAUAUAUUUAUAUAGAUGAAACUUGUGCCUUUAUCUAAACUUGGUUGUUUGAAAGGAGAGGACAAAAAAAGAUUAUAACAAUAGUAGUUUAUUUAAAAAUAUUACAUUUCAUUUAAAUAUUUCAAUUUUUGAAUUUGUAUUAUACAGUUUUUAUUGCAGAUUUAAGCAUUUCAUCACUUCUCAGUUUUUUUUUUUAUGUCAGUUGUGUUUGUACAUAAAAAUAAAGUUGCAGUGCCUAUAAAUAUGAAGGCCUUUUGACUGUUUUCCUCUUAUAUUGUCUAUGAGGAAAACCAGUAUUGUCAUUGUACAUAAAACUAUUAUCAAGUUCACGUAAUUUAACCUUUAUUACAUAUUUCCUUGUAUCAUAUUUCAUAUUCAUUUGCAAAUAUAUAUUUUAUUCUCUUCAAUGAAAUGAGGUCCCUUUUUAUAAAUUAGGCUUAUUGCAUUGUUCAGUUUUUGGUUUUUGAUCUAAGCACGCAGAAUUUUUAAUUUUAGUAACUUGUCAUUCAAUAAAUCAUCCAUUAGUCAGUCCAGUAGUUCUGUAUCUGAUUCAUAUAAAUAUGUAUAUAUAUAUAUAAAAAUAUAUAUUUUCACAUCAUUAUAGUAAUUUUUCAUAUAUUAUCUAUUGUUUAGAGUUGUUUGUGUUGUAUUUGCAGUGACAUAAAUCUUUCGAGGAAAUAUUUGAAAAAAAUAUUGUUACUUUGACUUGCAUAGAUGAAAUAUAUUUUCUAUUUAGAUAAAAUAGUAGAUUCAAAUAUUUAUUUUCAAAAACAAUAUAACUGUUUAAUAAUUCUCCAUCAUCUGAAGCCCUUAACAUUUCUUAGUAAUAAAAGUUUAUUCCAACUUUAUUGAUUUAUUGAAAAUAGUUAUUUUUUAUUGUUAUUUUAACAAAAAUUUACAUGUUUUGUGUUUGUGUGUAUUACAACUUUGUAUUAAUGAUAUUAGCGUAUAUAUAAAUUUAUCUGACUUCUUCAAGAUAUUUUUUUACAUUUAUAUUGAAGUUUCAAGGCAAUGAAAGUAAUUAUUUAAAAACAAAAACCAUAAUAUUUGAUGCCAAAUGUCAUUAAAACAUAUUUAUGUCGAUAAAACAAACAAAAAUAUUGGAGUGCAUUAUUUGUAUAAGUCAUUUUGAAUUUUUGAAUUAAUUACUCUAAGAGCAUUUGAAUUUUGCAUUUGUUUUUUGAAAUUUGUUUCACUCGACUCUUUUGAUUUGAAAAUUUACCUAAUAUAUGAAUUUUCUACAGUAUUUUAUAAUUUUAUCAAAUAAAGGCUUUUUUUAAUGGAAUUCUGUUUAUAGUUACCAAAUUAGUUUCUAAUUUGAGUUGUACUGUUAAAAAUAUUAUUUUCAAAAUAUACUUUUUAAAUUAUAAGAAUAGUUUAGAAUUAAUAUUUUAAUUAUUACUCUAUGCUCAGGUUUUUGUAUGCAAAAUUUUUUUUAGAUUUUUGUCAUAUAACGGAAAUAUAUCAAGCACAAACAUUUUGUUUUUCAUCAAUUUUAAUUCAUGCCAUGAAGAUACAGAUUUCAAUUUGUACCACUCCAAAAAAAAAUUUUUUUUUUAAAUUGAUGUCAUGAUUUCUAUUUUAUAUUAUUUGUUUAAUUUUUGAAUUCUUAGGUUGAGUUUAAAUAUUUAGAAAAUGUAAUAGUUUUUCCUUUUUUAUAAUAGUUCUACUUUUGUAAUUAGAAUUUUAGAUCACCAUUAACUUUUUUAUCACUCACUUAAUGAUUCAAUCUGUGUAACUUAAAUUUAGGAAUUUUAAUGAGAAGGAAAGGAUAAGGAAAUUGGAUAUUUCAGUGCAAAAAUUUAAUUUAAUUUUUUAUUGAGAUGUAUGAUUUAGGGGAAGCACAUUGCAGAGAUACAUGAUCAUAAAACAACGACAUGUCUAAAUUACUGUCAGUUGGAAAAUUAUUUAGUUGUCAUUGCUGUUUGAUAUUUGGGAGAAUAUAUUUGAAAUUCAAAGCAGUGCAAAUAUACAAGACAUUCAAUAGCAAUAUUUUAUAAAAUUAAUAUCUGAUAAUCUGAAAAUAUAAUUCAAACAGAUCAAUUCCACUUAUUAAAUUCAAUGCAUUGUGUAUAAUGAAGAAACACUGCUGGAUAUUUAUCAGAAAAGCUUAUUAUUUUCAUUUAUUUUUAUUGUAUCCAACUGCCUUUACCAAUCAAUUAAUUGUGCAGAAUUUUAGUAUUCAGUGCAAUUAAAUUAUUAAAACAGGUUGCAUGGUUUGUCAUUAGAAUACUGAAGUAAUGUGAAAUAAUAUGAAAAAGAAAUUAUAUAUAUAUAAUAUUAAAAUCAUGAAAAAGAAUGAGAGUUUUAGUUUUUAAGUGUGGAUUUAAAUAGAAAGAGAAAAAAGAAAAGAAAAUAGAAUUAUCAUAUAAGGCAAAUUUAAUAUUCAAAAGGAAAAAAGAAAAAAAAACCCUCUUUAUGUAAUAAUUUUAAACAUAAUAGAGAAAAUGUGAUGGAAAGAUAUCUCUACUGCAAUUGUAAAAUAAUUCUGCUGUAAAUAAAAGAAAAGAAAAAAAAAGUUAAACACAAAUGAAAUUAUUUAUCAGCUCAAAAUGCAUUCUUUAGUCAAAUUUAGUUUUUUAUGCCAUAAGUUGUAACAUGGCGAUUUAUUAAUGCAAAUUUUUUAAAAAAAUCAUUAAUAAUUAUUUUAUUUAGUUAGUUUUAAAAUGCACUCUGCAAAUUAACUAAGCAUAUGAUUGAUUCCCUUAGGACCUUAACAUAAUACAAUUAUUGUGUAAUAAGAGCAGAAUGAAGUAUCAAACUAUUUUUUGUAUAAUAUUCUUUUACUUUAGUUAUUGUUUUAGUUUUAUGACUAUAUUCUGUAAUGACUACAGAAUAAAAUAUUGUCUCCAUUUAAUUGAUGCUCAAUCACUGAAGAUUAAACUUUUAUAUUACAUUUAAUGUAAUGUCAUAUAAAGAUAUGUAAAAUAAUGUUUAUAUAAUUCUAGAUAUUUAUAUUGCAUAGCUAUCUUCUAUAUACUUAUAAGAAUAUCCUUAUGUAUAAAUAUUUUAAAUUAGAUUAUGCAUAUUCUUCUCAACAUCAGACUCAGAUACCAUGUGAAUUGAUCAUGGUAAUAGUCAGGUUUGGGAGAAGUUGAACCUACCACUGCCAAUUCUCCAUAUAUAUUUAUAUUUUUAGAGAAUUUUUACAAGAGUUAUUGUGUGUGUUUUCUCGUAGAGGAACCUGAGAUGUGAAUAAAUCGACACAGUUAUGGUGUAUGUCUUAUAUAAUUGAUGAAAUCACUCUAUAUGAAAGGGGUAUUUAUUUAAUUUAGCAUUGCAUAUUUUAAAUGUUCAUUGAUAUUUUAGUAUGAUCUACUCAUAAGUAUUCAUAACUUAUUUACAACUUUUGUGUUGGUGGUGGUUGUAAAAUUAAUGAGAAAUGGCAUUUAAGCUCUUAUGAGUAAUACUUAUUUAUACAGUUAAUGCGUGUAAGCUUGGAGUUGAUGGAUCUCAAGGAGUGAGUUCUAGUAUAGUUUUGUACUUUUAUUAUGAAACACUUCAAAUAAAUGUCUAAAAAAUAAUUUUUGGCUCUAUGUUGAUAGUAUAACAUUGAUUAGAUUACUUAAUAUUUCACAAUGUUUUUAAAUGAAGUGCAAAAUAUAAUUGGAAAAGUGUUAUGAUUCGUGCAAAUUAUUUGUUUAUGUAUGUAGUUUUCCUUAAAAUUAUAAUCCAUCAUUUCUUUUAACUACAAGUGUUAAUUAUAGAGCUUAAAA